AUGGGUCGGCGAUUGUUUCUCAGACAUUUGGCUGAGGUGAAACAUCCGGACGCAGUUGCAGGAAUUCAUGCCGUCCAGUCUCCGGAGGAAGGGGUGGUCGCCUGCCGCCUCAUCUGUAGUCAACCUGAAAAUAAGCUACCCAUCGAUGUUGAUAUUCAGAUGUGCGCUACAGACCUUGAUGAGUACCCUGAUGGCAAUUCCUUCGUGCUCUUCACCAAUGACGAGUCCCUCAGCGGCAUCAUCCCGGAAACCCUACAAGAUCUCUCAAAUAACACCCAUGGCCAGCUUUUAUCCAGCGUCUUGGAAACGAUCUCGCAACGACUGACUCAAGUCAUCACUUGCGGGCUGGCAAAGAACCUACAUAAUGACAUCCAGUCUGAAGAGCCGGAUUUUGAAUUCGAAGAGGAUUCGGACAUCGAUUUCGGAUUCUCUGCGCCCCCGCGGAAUUCUACAAGUGAAGCACGAGCCGCUCUUCGAUCGCAAUCGUCACCGUCCCAUUCUACCGGUCAAGACAGACUUCGAGCCGACGUGAAGGCCGCCAAGCAAGCUGGGUUCAGAAUUGGGGUUCUGGGAAAUCUAGCAACAUGUGGCAUUCUUUGCAUCUCCAUUCGCGUUUCCAAGCUAGGACUCUCGGAAGAAGCCAUGCAAGCUUGGAAUCUGCCGCGCAAACAUUACCUUCUCCUCAUGAUCGCAUUUCCAGAGGGCUACCGCGAUAUUACUCUCGUCAAAGAAGACCCGAGUCUGUCUGGGCUGACGCAAAUGCGUGUUGCCCUUUGCAACCACUACAAACCCAAGUUGUCUGCUGUCUUGCCCCUCUUCAAAGCGCUGAGAUUUGAGCUCGAGCCAGAUAUCCUUCAAUCUGGAAAAGGCCCGGAAAGCACACUCGAGUCACUUUUCAUCGACAAACCACUCAAUCACCUUCUGCGCGAAUCCUUCCCACAGAUCGUCAAAGCACGGUUGAGUCAUGACCUGAGCUGGUUUGGAGCAGAGACAUACAUUCAAGCCAGACAAGCGGCUGUUUCGAAGGAUGAGCUUGAAAACAUGAGAAUAUUCAAAGUCGACGAUAUGUCCAGCUGCAACAGUUUCUCGCCUAUCGCUAUUGCGGAUCAUCUCGCGGAAAAUGGUGUCGCAGAGGUUUCAUUGCCCCUGGCAGCCAUGCAAUUCGUCGUCCGACACGUUACUCGCUGCAGAGAGUUCUGUUUGGUCUGCCAUUGUCACAUUGAGGACAAGUUUGAGGCCCUAAAGCCAUAUGUCUGCUCCAAACCCCUCUGUCUCUACCAAUACAUGUCGCUUGGCUUCGGGCCGAGAAUUGAAGGUGAAAUAGUCUCUCAACCCCAUGUUGUUGACCUUCUCAUCAGUUUCUGCUACUUUGGGGCUCAGGGUCAGAGAUUGAAGGAUCUACCAGUUGGUAUGAGCUUCCCUGUUGCACUUCGCCCCGUCCAAGGAGGCCAUAACUUCGGCUCAGCCAUGCCUCAUAUAUCCCAAUUUGGCCGGCCAGGCCCGGUUGACACGAUUCCAACCGACAAGGUAUCCUUCAAAUGUCAGUGGCAGUCCAAUCAGAACACUUUGCAUGUUGAAGAGGAGUAUUAUCGAAAGGCUCAGAGCCUUAGACCAGGAAGCUGGGUAUUCCUCAUUUCAGAUGCUGGUACACAUGAAUCCCACUGCCGGGUCAAAAAGAUUCAGCUGCCUCGUGUCGAACUUGGAGAUGAAUUCGUUCUGUCAUUGAGGGAGUCAACCUUGUCAAGCAAUGGGAAUCAAGGUGCAGCCGGAUCAUCCGCAAACCCUACAGUGACUGGGAUGCCUAGCAAGUGUUACAUGUACGAACACAAUUUCGACGACCUUUCGACUGCAGUACAACACCAGGCUAUUCAGGCUAUCUUAAUGACCUUACCCAGCGUUGAAGAUAUGCGUGAAUACCUCUUAGAUCGAGGUCCGAAUGGGGAAUUGAAAGACUGGACGAGCAAGGUAUCUGAAUCGGCUCUCGGUGUACUUCGCUGGAUCAUUGUAUCAAACCGAUCUUGCAUCAUGCAGUUGAAUGAGCUUGACGGUCAUGGUUGCUUCCAGACUACAGCGGCAGUUGAGGAUCGAGUCGGCGGUAUGGACGAUUGGAUUCAAUUCCGGUUCGCUCAAGGCGCCCCAGACAAGGAAAACAGAUUUAUAGACUGCAUGCGUCAAGAGACUAGCCCGACCAGUAAAUAUCCCACCAUCUUCGCUUGGCACGGUUCGCAUCUGAGCAACUGGCACAGCAUCAUACGACAAGGCCUUCGAUUUGACGACAUUGUUCAUGGCCGGGUUUAUGGUAAUGGUGUUUACUUCAGUCAGUAUGCCAAGGUAAGUUUGAAUUACACAGCUGCUAGCCAUCCGGCGAUCUUGUCUACAGCGUUGAACAGCGGCUGGAAGCAGUCGAAGCUUUGUAUGAUGAAUGCAAUUUCACUCAAUGAGGUUAUCAAUCGUCCAGACAAAUUUGUGCACACCAGCCCUCACUAUGUUGUGUCAGAAACUGAUUGGAUCCAAACCCGUUACCUGUUUGUCAAAUCAUCAAUCCCUGUCAAGGUUCCUGGACAGCCAUCUGCUGUGUAUCAACAGGAUCCCUCGCGCGAGGCCUAUAACGAACACACUCAAGUCAUCAUGAUUCCGAUCACCGCACUUUCCAAGUCUCGACGUCCCGGUGCGAAACUCGAAGUGGGCGAAGCUGGAACUCCCAAGCGCAACAAGACCGUCGUCGCCACGGACCAAGCCACCGCUGAACGUCUUGAGGAUGAUGCUAACAGCAUAGCCUCGGAUGAUGAUGAUUUGGCCCUCCUUGUCCCGAAGAUGGUUGAGGACUGCGAAGCCGAGUUCGACAAGUGCCGAGACUCGUCGUCGCCCAUGGCUUCUUCCAAGGCCAAAGGCAAGAAGCGCACAGCAGAGAAAAGUGACGACACGGACUUUGUUCCAGGCACCUUGGACGUCGAUGGAAUUCAAUUCCUAGCUCCUCCCCGCGACGCUACUCGAGCCUCAAGUCAAGCUUUGAUGCGCUCGUUCCGUGAGGCCCUGGAAGUGCAGAAAAAUACUGUAUGUUCGACAUUGGGCCGGUACAUCGAUCCCAACCUGGUCAACAACAUGUACCAGUGGAUCGUGGAGCUACACUCAUUUCCCGCCCAUCUGCCCCUCUCCACGGACAUGAAAGCAGUUGGCUUGACCUCGGUGGUUCUCGAGAUGCGCUUCGCCAGCAGCUACCCCUUCACACCUCCGUUCAUCCGAGUCGUCAAGCCGCGCUUCUUGCCCUUCGCUCAGGGCGGAGGCGGAAACGUGACCGAAGGCGGGGCCAUGUGCAUGGAGAUCCUGACCAACAACGGCUGGACCGCAGCACAAGCCAUCGACGGACUUCUCCUUCAGGUGCGAAUGGCGAUCUGCGAUCAGGAACGGCCUGCGCGUCUCGCAUUUCUAGGCAAUGGAGCCAACGGAGCACCAGCAUUUGAAAAGGUCACUUAUGGUAUCGGUGAAGCCGUCGCAGCCUACGUCCGCGCAUGUAGGAACCAUGGCUGGGCUGUCCCAGAGGGAUUCGAGAAUUUUCUGACAACAGAACUGAAAUGA